UUCUGGGAAAGCAGAGAAAAGAAAGAAGAAAUCGUCUGUCUCUGUUUGGCGUCAGUCAUGUGCAUUCAUAUUUCAUGUGAUCAGCGGUAAAAAUCUGAGUUCGUUCGCGUUGUUUUAUCUAUUCAAAGCUAGUGAAAGACUGAUAUCUAUUCUGUUAGAAAAGUCUUUGUAUUCGAGUCAACGUGUUUCCGUUUCGUGCGUUCAUUUGAUCAGCGUUCUCUUCUACUUUAUUGUAAUAAUCAUCACGUAAAGUUAGUUUAAAUUGCUUCAGCUCACCUUCAACAACAUGGGUGUUCGAGGUUUGCAAUCAUUCUUGGAACAGAACUGUCCAUGCGCUUGUCCAGUCGUAAACGUGGCUACUCUAGCUAAAAAAUACAAAAACGAGACUGGAAAAGACGCCGUAAUCGUAGUGGAUACCCAAACGUUGUUUUGGACUUUAUGUAAAGGUAUGGAUUGGAUCAUCGGAUACGAAAUACAAGAAUACCUUCAUCGAUUACGUACACUCGUCGAGUCUUUUCAAGAAAGUGGCAUCAAGUUGGUUUUCUUCGUAAGCGGCGUAGCAGCUAAAGCAUCUAAAAAGAAAAAGUUGUUUAGUCGUAGAGCUGGUAAUUUACACGAUACGAUAGAUCUGUGUGUUUUUCUCGAGAAGAAAGGGGUAGCUACGAAGUUCAUUCCUGAGAAAUACGCUUCGUUACCGCCUUCGGUGGGGUUCUUUACGUCGAUGUUAUUGAAGCAUGUUUUUAAUUGCGAAGUGUACAUGACGAUUAACGAUUACAUUCAAGAAAUCAUCGAAUACGUGCAUAAAAACGAUUGUAUGGCGAUUUUCACCCAAGACUCGGAUUUCAUCGUGAGCGAUAUCAACGACUGCUUGGUAUUAUCGGCGAGAAACUUUGACCAAGAGAAAAUGACAACGAUCCUGUACGAUCGCCAGGCAUUGGCUAUGAUUUUAGAAAUCGCAAUCGAACAGUUACCUAUAGUGGCGAUUUUGGCUGGAUGCGAUUGUAUUGAUUACGAAGUCUUGAAGGAUUUCCAUCGAUCGUUAUGCGGUGUGCAUCCGUCAUGGUAUUGGUAUAAACUCUCGUACAAAGAAGUGAUGACUGCGAUAGGUCGAUACAUAAAUACGUUAUCAGAUCUUCCUAUAGACAAAGUAUUGGAAUCGAUUUGCGUCAAAGUGGCCGGAAAUACAUCCUUAGACUCGGUGAAAUCCGCCUACUAUGGUUAUCAACUGCAGAAGAAACCCGAUAACGCUGAUGAGAUCAAGAAAACGUCGACUAAAUGGUCGGAAAUAUUGGGCGUAGCUCUAAAUCGACAUAAAAAUAUGAUCGCACCUGCUUGUAUCUGGACGAUUUUAACCGAUCAGUUUUUCGAGCUAAGCGUUGCGUUCGAAGAUCUGAGGAAAGUCUCCACAAAUAGAAAUCAGCCGUCUCAUUCUCAGUUCAUAUCGAGUGCUGCGAUUACACGAGUGUUGAGGCAGCGAUUAUAUGGAAUUUUGAUGAACGAAUCCGAGCACAGUGUCGAUGUAGGAGUUGAGGAAUGGUGCGCUGAAAAUGUUUACAGUUAUCGACAGCCGAUUAUUGUUAAACCGAUAGCAUCUAAAGUUCAAUAUCCAGGAUUACUUCAAUUGUGGAGUAAUGAGAAGAGCGACGAACUCGGCGAAACUAAAUGGAAAUUGUUUUUAUCGAUUAUUUCGCCGAGUAUUACGUCGAUCGAUGAUUGGUGUUCGUUAAGUCCAGAUUUAAUUGGUAUUGCAGCUGCUCUGUUCUAUCUGAUUGAUCAAAAGUUCAUGAAUGAAGACGAAGUGAACGCUGUCCUGGCUACGAUCGCCACAUUCUCGUUGUACAGCAGGGAAGCAUUGAACGAGUUGGAUUACGGUCUUCAUCAUUCCAGAUGUACGCACAUUAGCGUUUGUCUGAUCAGAACUUUCACGUUCGUUGUGACAGCGAUGGCAGCUUGUGGAUAUCCAGUGCCUCUUUCCGGCGAAUUGAUUUAUUUGAAACUCGAAGCCAAAUUGUUUCAAAUCAAGUUCAGGCAAAUGUUAGAAAAGAAGACCAUCGAAGAGUUGUGCGAAAAUAACGAUAAAUGUAUCGAAAUAUUCAAUCGACUGAAGAAGGUUCUAAGUCCACUUUUUCGAAAACCUUCCAUCGACGAAGUAGACAAUAAAAUUUCCGAAAAACCAGCCGAUGUAGGAAAUAAGCCAUUGGAAGAAGAGAAACCAGCUGAUGUAGGAAAUAAGCCAUUGGAGGAAGAAAAACCAGCUGACGACGGAGAUAAACAAUCGAAAGAAGAGAAACCAGCCGAUGAUGGAGAUAAGCAAUCGAAGGAAGAAAACCCAGCUAAACCAGCUGAUGAUGGAAAUGAAAAAUCGGAAGAAGACAUUCUCUCAGCGAAGUUGGUAGAAAUCUUGAAUGUAUCGUAAUACGUAACUCGAAGAGCGAUUAAAUUCUCUCGCUUCGUGUAUUCGGUGAUAUUCUUACCGCGACUGUUUCUUUUUUAUCGUAGUUUUUAAUUGUUUUAAUCGACGUUUUUUUUAUCGGGAAAUUUGUUUUGCAUUAAUUUUAAGGUUUUAUGAAGGUUGUUUCUAUUUUUUAAGUGUUUAUUGCAAUUAUUUAUCAUUCUUAGAUUGAUACCUACUUAUUUGCAAUUUGAGAGACCUGCUCGAGUGUAUUACACUUGACCUGGAAAUAAUUAAUUUUGUUCCUGAUGAUCGUAAUAUUCAUACUGAAUAUUCGCCAUGAAAGUGUUGAUAGUUUGAAUAAUUCUGUUGAUUUGAUUAUUAAAAUGUUCGUUGAAAUCUG